AGUGACUUCAGCCGGCGGCGGGCACGGGGCGAGGAUGGCAGCGGCGGCGCGGUGCCUGCGGGCGGGCGGGCGGCGGUGCGGGGCUCUGCCCGCUCCCUACUGCACCCUGGCCCCGCAACAGCAGCGGCGGCAGCCGCCGCCCCACGAUAUGAAGAGCUACCUGUGGUCGCGCUACAGGGAGGCCAAGAGAGUCACCAAGGAGCUGGUUCCUUCAAUUAUGAGUAACAUGUUGAAUCCAGAUGCUAUUUUUUCAAACAAUGAAAUGAGCCUGUCAGACAUAGAAAUUUAUGGAUUUGAUUAUGACUACACGUUGGUCUUUUAUUCUAAACAUCUGCACACGCUGAUCUUCAAUGCUGCUCGAGAUCUUCUUAUUAAUGAGCAUCGGUAUCCUGCAGAAAUAAGAAAAUAUGAUUACGAUCCCAACUUUGCAAUCCGAGGACUUCAUUAUGAUGUGCACCGGGCAUUAUUAAUGAAGAUUGAUGCUUUUCAUUAUAUUCAGCUGGGAACAGUUUACAGAGGCCUCAGUGUUGUCCCAGAUGAAGAAGUCAUUGCAAUGUAUGAUGGUUCCCAUGUUCCUUUAGAACAAAUGAGUGACUUUUAUGGAAAGAGCUCACAAGGAAAUACAAUGAAGCAAUUCAUGGACAUAUUUUCCUUGCCAGAAAUGACACUUCUUUCUUGUGUGAAUGAAUAUUUUCUGAAAAACAACAUAGACUAUGAGCCUGUUCAUCUGUACAAAGAUGUCAAGGAUUCAAUCAGAGAUGUCCACAUCAAAGGAAUAAUGUACAGAGCAAUCGAAGCAGAUAUUGAGAAGUACAUCUGCUAUGCUGAACAAACUCGUGCAGUGUUAGCAAAGCUGGCUGACCAUGGCAAGAAGAUGUUUCUCAUCACAAACAGUCCAAGCAGCUUUGUGGACAAAGGCAUGAAGUUCAUAGUUGGCAAGGACUGGAGGGAUCUCUUUGAUGUGGUUAUUGUACAGGCUGAUAAACCAAACUUUUUCAAUGAUAAGCGAAGACCAUUUCGGAAGGUGAAUGAAAGGGGAGUGUUGCUUUGGGACAAAAUUCACAAGCUGCAGAAAGGUCAGAUUUACAAACAGGGUAACUUGUAUGAAUUUCUGAAGCUUACUGGCUGGAGGGGCUCUAAGGUUCUCUACUUCGGUGAUCACAUUUACAGUGACUUGGCAGAUUUGACCCUGAAGCACGGCUGGCGCACUGGUGCAAUUAUUCCAGAGUUGCGAUCAGAGAUUAAAAUAAUGAACACAGAGAAGUACAUUCAAACCAUGACCUGGCUGCAAACCUUGACAGGAUUACUGGAACACAUGCAGGUUCACCGUGAUCCUGAUUCACAAAUGAUUUUAGAAGAAUGGAAGAAGGAAAGAAAGGAAAUGAGAGAGAUGAACCGGAAUUUCUUCAAUGCACAGUUUGGAAGCUUGUUCAGAACUGAUGAGAAUCCAACUUAUUUCCUAAGACGUCUCUCUAGAUUUGCAGAUAUCUACAUGGCAUCUUUGAGUUGUCUCUUGAACUAUGAACCUGAUUACACGUUUUAUCCAAGGAGGACUCCUUUGCAGCAUGAACUUCCUGGCUGGUCAGACCAGCUAUGCACUGGUACAUUCAGAGUACCUUUCCUACAAGAGAGAGUUCAGAUCAAAUAA